AUGACUUCAGAAGACGGUGUUAGCGGGGACUGGGAUGCGACCCAGUACCACAAGCUGGUGGAAGGCGUGGAUAGUUGCAGUGAUACCUCGCCAAUUAAGCAGGACGGUGUUGUAUGCGGGCCGACUUUGAGACUCAAGUCGAUUGACUACGAGAGGGAUGUCUGGCUGGGGUCUAUGCUGAUUGUAGUUCGGGAUGCCUUUGACCCUUCGUCGCCAAGAGCCCCAAAGGUCACAUACGAGCUCGGUGGAGGCUCGCAUUCAGGUGAGUUCCAAGGCAAGCUUUUCCACACCGAUUACUUCGGUGACGACAAUUCCAAUAAGAGUGUGUUCCAGUUCUACAGGUACGACAUUGAGCUCCCAUUGGCCGACAAUGAAGCCGAGUGUAAAUACACAGUUGCCGACAAAGCUGAAGAACACUAUAGGUUUUUCAUCCCAGGGAGAAAUCAGAACUGUAACUCUAUCUCUUACUCUUGCAAUGGGUUUUCCCUCUCAGUUGAUACAACCAAGUUCAAGGGCUCGCUGUGGUACGAUAUUCUGCAAAAGCAUGCUAAUGUACACUACCAUGUAAUGCUUGGCGGUGGUGAUCAGAUUUACUCAGACUCUGUUAAAAUUUAUAGUGAACGUGUCAAGAAGUGGCUAGAGACUCAUGACCCAGUGAAGAAAUACACAAUGAAAGCCGACGAAUUCUUUGUCAAAGAAGUAGCAAACUUUUAUUUGAAAGAGUACUUGGAAUGGUACGGCUAUGGACAUUGGAAAGGAGCUACUGAAAAAUCUAAGACCACUCAGCGCUGCUUUCCGAUUGCAACAGCGACGAUUCCAUCGGUUAAUAUGUGGGAUGACCAUGACAUUAUCGAUGGUUUCGGUUCUUAUCCCGAUCGAUUUAUGAGCACAAACGUGUUUAGUUCUUUGGGUAAUAUCGCCUACAAGUACUAUAUGCUCUUCCAGCAUCAUGUAAGUAUUGAAGAAAAGCAAGCAUACUUGGAAGACAAGCAUUGGGUAUUGAGUAAAGGAAAAGGUGCUUUCAUUCAGCAACAAUCUCACUCAGUAUUCACUAGGCUAGGACCUUCAAUUGGUUUGUUAGGAUUAGACUGUAGAACUGAAAGAAAACUAAAGGCCAUUCUUCCAAAGUCGACAUAUGAUAUUGCAUUUGAGCGUAUCACAAAAGAGCUUCAAGCCAAAAGGUUCGAUCAUUUGUAUUUAAUGUUAGGUGUCCCAAUUGCGUAUCCCAGGUUGGUUCUUUUGGAAUAUAUUUUCUCUUCAAAGCUUUUGGCGCCAAUAAAAUAUUUAUCAAAAAAAGGUAUUUUUGCGAAAGGUUUAGUUAAUGAAUUUAAUGGUGAUGUUGAAUUGCUUGAUGACUUGAACGAUCAUUGGUGUGCACACUAUCACAAGAAGGAGAGAAAUAAUUUUAUUGCGGCAUUACAAGAUUGGGGUGCCAAAUACGGUGUUAGAAUAACAAUUUUAUCUGGAGAUGUGCAUCUUGCCGCUGUUGGUAGAUUCAGAUCUAAAUUGCACAGACACCAUUUGAUUACCUCAGAAGAAACCAAAAAGGAAAACGAGGAGAUUCUUGAUAGUGCGCAAGAAGAUAAUAGGCUGAUGUUUAAUGUUAUCUCAAGUGCCGUUGUUAAUACACCACCUCCGGAUGGUAUGGCAAAACUAUUGCAAACCAAAAAUCGUAUUCAUAAAUUUGAUUAUGAAACUGAUGAAGAUUCGGUACCACUAUUCAAAAUGAAUCCGGAUCAAAAAUCUAAAAGAGACGAAGAUUGUUUCUUGAAUGGAAGAAAUUGGUCUGAUUUAAUACCAGUAGAAAAUUUAAUGAAAAACAAAUAUUUAGCAAAUACAUUUAAGGUUGAAAACGGAGACAAAGUUCUACCUGGUAUGGUCAAAGAAGGGCUGGGUUUUGAAGUUAAAAAUAAAAAGCCCAAAUCGGAUGAAAACCCAUUGUAUCCUGUAACACCAAAUGGAAUAAUGGUAACUAUUCAUGUUGAGAAGGACCGUAAAAGCAAUGCAUCUGAGAGCACCAUGUACAGUUUCCCUAUUCCCGAAUUGACAGUUAAAGGGGAGAAGUUGUCUCAUAAGGGUGCAAAGCACUUAGUUGGGUUCCACUAA